AUGAACGUCCUUCAGCUCAAGAAGAAGAUGGUGGAUGAGCUGAAAGUGGAGGUCAACUCCUUCCUGUGUACCAGAUACCUCAACGGGCUUCAAUACAUUGGCAAGCACGCGGACGACCAAGCCAACGUGAAGGACGGCCGCGUGGUCACGGUCUCCCUUGGCGCGUACGUCACGGCACUCCCGAAUUUCACUGCGGCUGUGGUGGCGGCGGCGGCUGGGGCUGCGGGAGUCGCAGUCAUGGCGACGACACCCACCUCGCUUUGA